AAAGUAGCGUCGCCAUGUCUGGCACAGCAGAAACAAACGGGCAGCGAACGCGUGCGGUAGCCAACUUCGCUGUAAAUCGAGUGUCCAGUGGCGUUUCUGGAAACAAUUCAAUAGAGUCUAUUUUCGUGUGAAAAGUCAACAGUCUAAAUAAAAAACAACAACAAUAACUAGUGAAAACACAAAGUGUUACGCUCUACAUUCAUUGGCCAACAACAACAACAAUUGUGUGCAUAGCAGCAAAAAGCCAAGUUGAAUUUGUGCCAAAUAUUAUUCAGUGUUUGCUUACAGUUAGGAGACGCUCGCGUCUGUGUGCGUGUGCUUUAAUAUUUCGCAUACAAACAAACAAACAAACAUACAAAACACAAAGUAAACCUACAUUUCCUGUGCGCUUUGUCAUAGUGUUUUCUAUUUUCGUCUGCCAAAGUCACCGUUAUAAAAUAUUGCACAAAAUGUCACUGCAGCACGUCGCAUCGUUGCAGUUUUGGUUGGUCAUCCUUUUGGGGUUAAGCCAGUUUGGCACGCGUACCGAAGCACGUGCGGUCAAUGUCAGCAAUACUUGGACCAUGCCGCAGGAGGGCCUAAAUGUCUUCUAUCGCUUCUUCCGCGAUCGAAUAUCUUGGUUCGAGGCGGAUGCUGUAUGCCAAUUUCAUCACGCCAAUCUGGUGACCGUCGACAACAGCUUCCAAUUCGAUGCAACAAGAGAUCUACUUCGCGAGCUGGAUGUGAAUGAUAUUGUUUGGAUUGGUUUGAUGAGGCCGCAGAGUUCAGAGCGUUUUAUGUGGUCCAAUUCCCGUCCGCUGGUCACCGACACUGGCUACUGGGCUGAAUCGUUGCCACUAAUGGACGCACCACUAUGCGCCGUCAUCGAUCCCAUACGCGAUUAUCGCUGGCAUGCGUUGCGUUGCGGUGGACCCGAGACCGCAUCGUUCCUCUGCGAAAUGCCGGUGCCUUCAUGGGCUGACUCGUGCAUACUUAAAGAUAUGCCGAAUCUUACCAUGCAAUACAUGGCUGAUACUGCUAGCAUUGAGCUGAUACGUAACUGCGCAGAAGAGGGUCUGUUGAAGCAGUCAUGCAAGGGGAAACAGGACCGCGAUCGCGCACUACGCGAACUGAUCUGCCCACGUGAGCGUCUCGAAGCGCAACGCAUUAACGACAUAACCAAUUCUCACUUCAAAUCACUGCAAAUCAUCAACAGUAUACGCACAGAUAACAACGAGAACAAUGAUAUAGAACUCUUACCGCUGGGCGAGACAUCUUACGGUUCGUCCAGCAGCAGCGAUAUCUCUGAGCAAGUACCAACCGAAAAGAAUACCGUACAACGACUUAUCGAACAAUUCAAUGUAGAUGAUCUGAUGCAGGCCGAUGAGGCGGCAAUGCCCAUGAGUAAUUAUCAUAUCCCCGGUGAGAUACCGAAACCCGUAAAGAAAGCCGCAAAGAAAGUGGUAUUAACAAAUAGUGGUGAUUAUCAAAAGAAGAAUCGCGCACAGAAAUAUGAAGAGAGCAGCAUACAGUUACCACCACCAACACCAAAACCCAGGAAGCAGCAACAGCUGUUGGCUCUGGAAGACAUGAUGAUGGGCGAUCAGCCACAACAAAGUGGUGAACAGGAGAUGAUGGAACAUGUCGGACCUGAAGAUGAUGAGGUAUCGAAUGAAAUCAUGGAGCCGCUGCCACAUAAGAAGAAGGUGUUGCCACAGGACUUGCGUACAAUGACACCCAUAACCGAAAAGUCCUCGGAGGAGAUAGUAAGCCGGGAGAAACAAGCAACAAUGUUUGAGAAGAAAGCAAUUUUCGAUACAACAGCAGCGGCAGCUACUACCACGACAAGUAGUACCACUUUGGCGCCCACAACAACUACUACAAUCACACCUACCACCACUGUGACCUCCACAACAGCCGCACCGACAACAAGUGCGCCCAACAGCUCUAUGGCGCCAGACUUCGCUUCAUCCACAACUGCAGAGACUACUCAAGCACCUGCUAUAACCACCACCGUGCAUGUCUCCAGUGCCGCCCCUGCUCAUACAACCGAGUCUGAGCUUCUUACUCACUCCUCCUCCACCUCGGCCAGCAGCUCUGCAACAUCACAUGCGUCACCUAAAUCCACAGACAUCGAAGACACUGAAUCGCUUUCGAAUAUUGGACAUCCAAUGCAUCCGCAACAGCAGCACGCUAACGCCAAAAUCGAGGAGUUACCACAUCCCCAUGUAAAGGAGCUGGCAGACAAUUCUCAUUUUAUACCACCAAUGUUGUUGGUGAAGUCUCAUUAUGUACCACCGCUGAAGCACAAUGAGCAUGAACAUCACGGCCCAAGCUUCAAUCCGGGCUCUGCAGCUCAUGAUGGACAUGGAGAUAUUCACGUGACUACAGGUAAACCGAUUGAUGGUUCAGUUCACGCUAGCAGCACAAGCAAGUAUACGCCCACAACAACAACACAUGGCCACACAAAGGCCGAGAAAAGUGCUGAAACUGACGUUGAGACGAUGACCACAAUAACGGUGACCGCCACAAUGGCAGCAAUAAAAUCGGCAACAACAAAAACAACAGAAACCGUACAAGCAGCAGCUGAGGAGACGUCAACCGACAUAGAUGGAUUGACAAGCGAAACGAUCGAUAAAUCUACUGUACUGGUGGGACAACAACAACCAGGCCAGCAGACGCAAGCUCAGCUAACCGCUAAGAUAAUUGACAGCACGAGUGCGGCAAAGACAAAUCAGCAGCAACAACAGCAAGACAAUGACAAGCUGAAUAAUAUGAAGACAAAAACAGAGAAAAUUGAAAAUGUCAAAGAAGUUGUUGCUGAGCCAGCAACCACAACAACAAAUACAGAUGAUACAACAGGAACAACUACUACAGCGCCACUAACAACACCGGCUGCUGUUAGCGCCAACAGGCAGCAUGCAACAGCAACAACACUAACAAUAACAACAACAACAGCAGCACCAGCAACAACAACAACGAUGUUGAAAUCUGUUGACAUCGCUGCAAGACAUGAAAUUGAGAAGCCAGUAAAGCGGAUACCACACACAAAGGAAAUGCCCACCAUGCUGACAACUAAUGUUGGUGACGACGACAUGCCAGCCACAACAACAACAACAACCACUACUACUACUACUACUACAAUGCGACCAACAACAGCGCAGAUGGAUAAGUUGCAAACAAUAAAAGCCGUAACCACAACACAAAAGCAACCGCAGGAGGGAGAGCCAACCAAAACAACAACAACAACUAUAGCAGAAGCCAUACUACGAAACAAUGGCAACACCGAGAACAUACAUCCUUCAUCCCAAUCAAUCUUGGCCGCAGUUGAUGCCGGAGCUACCCAGUCUCCAGUUGCUUCCACAUCUGCUCCGGCUUCCGCAGCCACGGUCACACCAUCAACACAUACAAUAACAAUAACAACUGCAUGCAACAGUGACACAGAUUUAGAGACGACAACCGCUGACACCUUGGAUGCGAGCGCCACAGCCGACGAGGCCGACGGCAGGAAGCUGACGCGUGUACAUCGCACUUGCCAGCCGCGCAUCGAGAAGACACACAAGACUAAGCACGCGAAACAUCAUGCCGUACAAGCUGUCGAGCCGCCAACACCGACGCACAACUUCAUGAAAGAGGAGACCGAGACGCCGCCCUACAAGCCGAAUCGCCAUCGCGUGCUGACCAAACCGGAAACUGUCAGCUAUUUCAAGAAGAUUUUAGGUUAAGCGAAGACUAUGAGGAGGUGAGUGCGGGAGAGGCGACAUGUAGAAACGCGAAGAAGCUGGUGUGAGGGUUCUGGGUAGUACUGUGAGUUAAAACAGGUGUGUGCAGUCGGAGGCUUAAUGUGUGGAGCUCUCACAUAUGAGACCAUAAAAAAUAAAAAUAGCAACAACAAGUAAAAUAUAUAUAUAUUUACUUAUAAAGCAGCUAAGUUUGUAGGUAAGUUAAAAAAUAGUGCGAAGAAGCACUUCAAGGCGGAGAUACUAGUUAUUUGCGAAGCAUAGCAUAGCUUAGGCUCAGAAAUGUUCGAAGACGUGUAGUAGCAUCACGCGGCUAAAAACAACUCUGAUUCGGAGUGAAAAAAUAAGCAGCUAAGAGAAAUAAAAGAGAGAUUAUAAUAUGUAGCAUGUCAAUUUUGAAGAUUAGCAAAUGGUGUAGGGGAUCUAAGUUAGCCACAACAACAGUCUAAGCAGACGAAGCCACAAUUGAAGAAGCUUCAGUUGUGCUCGUAUUUUAUAUUAAGGUUAAUAAAAUGCAGAAAUAUCAAAGGUGAGCAGGGUAUAAGUGGAGAGUUUACGGAAUUAAGUACAGAUAUACAGUUGUGUAGUGAUGUAUGUAGCUUUCGAUAAGCAAAACAUGUUUCAGCAGCGCGAAAUGAUGGCCAAAAUAGAAUAGUUGAGUAACAUUGCAUAGGUUUACAAAAACUACAACACAACCAAACAAAACAAAAACACUUAACAAGAAAAAAGAAAAAAUAUUUAAAACAACUUUACAUACAAAUAAGCCAACACCAACAGCCAUUGAUAUGAUGUUAUACAUUUUUAAUGUUUUAUUAUUACUAUAGAUUUACUAUAUAUGUAAGCCGAAAAAGUUAAAGUGUUUCAUAAUAGUUCGUUCUACAGUUAACUGACUUUUCAUGCCAAAUGCCACGUCAAAUAAUCUACUGGGUAAUCUACAAGUAUAAGAUAAAUUUAGCUCAUCCUUAACCCAAGUGGUUUAUAAAUAUUUGCUGAGCAUAAGACGAAAGAAUUUUCCUAAGAGAAGGACAUUUAAAGGCGAUUGAGUAUACUAGCAAUCGAGUCCAUAUUUAAUAGACAUCACAAGGACAUAAACCAACACUAUUUUAUUCCUGUCAAGUUUUGUCCAAAAGAUCUUUUGCCGAGAUUGUAAAGAUUAUUUACUUUCCUAUAGACGAUAUGUUUGGUCUAGCACUUUCAACCAAAGAUAUUUUUCAGACAAUUUUGAAUUCCAAAUCUGAUUAUUUAUGCUUCUUGUCAGAUUGUAAACCAAUAUAAGGGUAUGUUUCGAAAAAUUCAAUCCAGUUAAAUGUAUGGGUAUGAUAAUACAGGCUCAGUUACUGAUCUUGAUAUUAGCACUGUCUUAGAUUUCUAGUAACGAUGGAAUUAUGAAAUCUUUUAAAUAUUGUUGUGGAAUAAAAGCAAAUUUCACCUUCUUCAACUUCAUUAAAACCAUAACAGCUUUGGGUUUUUGGCCGACUCCUUCUUAGCAACCCUUUGGUUUGUUAAUUUGUCGACAGUUGGAAACAGCUAUUGAAACCAAGUUUCUCUUUUCAAAUUUCAAACAGAGAGAGCUCUUAUAUCAACCGUUCAUCAUUUGGCUCGACAUCUCUAUGUGAACUUUGGCCUGCUGAACAAUACGCCUCCAAGCUACUCUGACUUUUGCGGUCUCUCUUCAGUUUUCUAUUCGGAGCUUCUUCAGAUCGUCGUUUAUUUCGUCCUACCAUCUUGUUUUUGGCCUUCCUCUUGAUCUGCCGAUGUAUGUUUUCGAGUUCUAUACCUUCUUUUAGGCCCAUGAAUCACCCAUUCUUGAAAUAUGUCUUAGCCAUCUUAUUCGUUGCGUUUUGAUGAAACGAACCACAACAACCGAUGCUAGAUAAAUUCGUGACGAUCUAUUUCUACGCUAGUAGGCAUUCAUCCACUCACUCUUGGGCGAAAUAUCUCAAACUUAAUUUGAUGAUCUAGUAGUUGUAUUGUUCGAUGGGUUCUUCCUCGGAUGUUGCCGUGGUACUAACAUGGACCAUGAUGUUCAUUAAGAACAAUUAGAGAACACCAUUGUUUCAAAAUGUAUUCUUCUUUAGAUUGUAUACGUGAUGUUGUAAAUAAUGCUGAGGAAGGUUUCAAAAUCAAUGAACUUGUCAAGAAUUUAAUGAUGGCUGUAGACCAAGAUGUACUAUUUAAGAAAGGAAUGUGUUUUAUGAGUAGAGUUUAUAGUCUAAUAACUUUUAGAGCUCCCCAAUCAUUGGGGAUUCAACAGAUUUUAGAAAAUCCUUGUCGUAUCGCAGAAAGAGGUUUGAAAAUCGGGAAAUAUUUGAUCGAUAUCGAAUCAUUAUUAAUUAAAUAUCUGUUCAAAGGUUUGUUUUCUGCGCUUAAGGUUAGUUCUGAAGGCUGAGCUCUUCGGCCAUUUUUGUUUACAUUUUCAUUUGACAUUUCUCCUCUUCUUCGUAAAAUUAUCGAUAAACCUAGGAAUAACACCGAAAAUCUAAUUGUAUAAAACGAGAUAAUUUUAUAAUCUCGGAUUAUCCAGAGAGGAAUUUUGUAUGGGAAAUCUCAUUUCUUAAUUACAGAUUAUCGAGUUAAACUUGUAAAUGGAGAUAAUCUCGUUAUAUGUAAACAUACGAUACAUUUAACAUUAUACGCGAUAUUAAGGAUCCAUUGCGAUUGAAAGAACUGCCUAGAAACACAGGUAGUGCCUUUAGACGGCACUGUAUUAGAAUAACGCCCUUGGUAACUGGAGUUUUAUUGGUUUUUGGUUACGAUAACGCGGCUAAAACCUUCUCUUAGUCAGACAGAAAGGUGGACCAAAUUUUAACUUUAGAAAAUUCUUGUCGUAUCGCAGAAAGCGGUUUGAAAAUCAAGAAAUAGUUGAUCGAUAUCGAUUAAUUUUUCUCAUUUAUCCUAAGAGGUUUGAAACACGCUAAAUAUCUGUUCAAAGGUUGCUUUUCUGUGAUUAAAAUUAGUUCUGUAGGCUUAGAUCGUCGUUAGGAGAUCAAUCAUUCGCAACUUAAGAGCGAAAUAACUUUAUAUACGAUAUUAAGGUACCAUUGGGAUUGAAAGAACUGCCUAAAAACACAGGUAGUGCCUUUAGACGGCACUGUAUUAGAAUAACGUCUUUGGUAACUGGAGUUUUAUUGUUCUUUGGUUACGAUACUGCUGUUAAAACCUUCUCUUAAUAAAGUUACGGAAUGAAAAAUUCAUAUAUUUCACAUUAGUAUUCAAAUAAAUUCCUUUAAAAUAUAGUUAAUACCGUUGUAGACAACAUUUUAACAUAAUUCCAUGAAUUCAAAAUAAUUUUCAUGUCAUAACUGAAUGUUGUUUACAUAGCAAUAAAAGUCAAGCUUUGUCUGUGACAGAUGAAACCACAAAAUAAACAAACAAAUUGCAAAUAUUAAUAAAUUACAAGCAGAUUACUUGGCGUAAUUGGUAUUUGGCAAACAAACUAAAUAUAGAAAUAAUAACUGUGUGUGUUUACGUAGCAUUUCUAAUUGCAAUUAAAUAUUUUACAGAUGGAAAUAAUGAAAUUUUAAUUUUCGCACAAAAACAACGGUAAUUAAUGAAUGUAUGAAAAUUAUUAUAAAAACAAAAACUCUAACAAACAACAACAGCAAAGGCAUUAAAUAAUCAAAUCAAAUGAAAAAAGUUAGCAAACAAAGUUUUGCGCCAAACUAAAAGCGCACAAAUGAAAACAACAAAAGCAAAAACACGAACACAUAAAAACAUAAAUGUGAGAUAGAGAGAGAGAGAAUUAAAAAAUAGAAAAAAAACAACAACAAAAAUUUUAUUACUCAUUAUGUACAAUUAAAACCAAAAAUUAAUAUUAAAUCGUUUUUAAAUUGAAUAACCCAAACAAAAACAGCAACAACAACAAAGCGUUUAUGCGUGCAUUUAAAUGGUUUUUGUGUUUAACGGUAGCAAAAAACAGAAACACACACACACACACAAAACGCAUUUAAACAAUUUCGAGUAUUGUAAUAAUUACAACAACAAAACAAUAUGUUUAAAAACAAACAAAAAACAUAAAAAUUAAUUAAUUAAUAAUAAAUGAUUAUGAGAAGUUAUUAAGCCAACAUUGUGUAAGUGAGGCGCACAUAUGAGUA